CGAAGCGUCAUCGACAGCUGGUCGAAGGCGGAAAAAUUCAAAUCGAAUAUUUCUUAAGGGCGCGCGACAAAGUUGUGUGUUUACAAAAUUACGAUCCUGAAAGCAGUCGAGAUGGAAACGGACGGAUUUGCAACGGGACUAUUUCUGAGUUACAAAGAUUCAGAGAUUCUUCUCAUCGUAUCAUUGACUAUAAACUUCUGCGUUUUAUGGAGUGUAAUUUUGCCAAAGCUGUGUCAAGCCGUCUUAAGAAUGUCAAGUCGUUGGCAGAGAGGACAUGAAAUGGAGGAACAGCUAGGCGAGAUUCCAGUUUGGUGUAGGAGAUUGUAAGUAACUGCUUUUCACAAUUAAUAUCUUAUAGAAAACUCUUUCCGAUGCCUGUGGUAUGAUCGGCAAGAUGUUAAAUACACGUUUAUCAUUCUGACUUCCGGUGGCCACAAAAUUUUUGACUUCGGAAUAAGAUGCCUUACUCUCAAAUAUUUUAUUGAGUGGUGAGCAACAACGAAGAUUUUAAUUCUUCUUUGUCACGUGUUUCAUUCAGUAAAUAGACACAAAGGUUCGAAGACAAACGAUGAGUUACAGACAGUGGUGAAAAGUUAGUUUAAGCGGUCUAAAUUUUUGCUUCAGAAGUUUAAAAACAUUUUCAAAUAAGUGUUCUCUAUGAUCCUCUGCAUUCAUUUUCAAUCGAAUGAACAGUGAUACACGUUUAAAAGAAAUUUCAACAUCGGCUUCACGUUGAAGUGUAUCGAUCUCUUGCGAGGUUAUCUCUGAGGAUUGUUCUGCGAACAGACCAGUUGAUCAUUAUUUACUUAAACAGAGAUCAGAAGUUAGUUUCCCGAGUGUAUUUACUAUCCUUUGCAUUUUUAAGGAUCCAAGCAGCAAAAACAUAAGCCCCCGCAAAAAUUGAACGUUACCAAUAAAAAAUAAUAAAGUAAAAGUCUUUGCAACACAGACAUUAUACGCAUUUAGCUGAUUAUGAUCGACUUCCUUUGGUUAAAUAGAAAAAUUUUUCAAGGAAAAACACCAUCAGAUACGAAAAUACUUAUCAAAAGAAGAGCAAUACUUUUAUUUUAUUUUCGUCAUGAUGCAUGUUUCGAAAGGUUGAAACAAUCACCCUUAGCUGAUAUGUAUUCCCCCUGAAAGCCCUGUUUCAGUUUCAGAAGCGAUUCAGGGUUAGUUUAUCAUUCAGGAAAAUUCCCUUAUUUGGUCCAGUGAUUCCGCAUCGGUGGCGACUUUGUCACGGUUGCUUGACAUCGUCAUUUAAAGGAUUUGCAUCUUUCAAAAGUUUCCCCGGUCUUAUUAGACUAGAUUAAAAGCUAGAAACUCGAAAAUUUCACAAUAUUCACAACUUUGAAUGAUGCUAGCACUGCAAGUGGUAAAAAUGUUCCUGUUUUCUGGUCAGGUAGCAGCUGGUUCAAUAUCAAAUUUUAAAAUAACUUUACAGUGAUCAUCAAAAAGGGAACAACGAGUCACCUAUGUGUAAACGGGAACAGGAACAUUCUAUAGUAGUUCAGUGAGUUUCCUUUCUGUCUGAGAUUUCCUUGCAUCAGCAUUUAUUUUUUAGUAUUACUCAGCUGAUGAUCUGAUCUCAAUGUCGUUAGGCGUAAUUUUUGUUCGUGUUAGCUAAGCUUUCUUCUUUUGCUGAAACAUUCUCUUUCCUCUUACAUGAGGUAAAACACCACCUUAAUUUUUCGAUUGGAGACUUCAAUAGCACAAAAUUCGUUUGAAAUAGCAUUAUUUGAUUGAAAGGAAAAAAUGCAGUAGCUCUGUCUGAUAUCACUGUCGAAAUAUCUAAAUUGUCCGGGAGCUAAAAAUGAACAGAAAUAUUCAAGAAUGAUAUUCUGCUUUCUCAGUUUUUAUUGUUGGUACCCCGCUAAUUUUAGCACCAAGAGCACCAAUUCUAUGAGCAAUUUCAAUUCUAUGUCACGUAUUGAUAAAGGAAGACCUUAUUCAUUCUUAACGUAUCAGCAAUAUUCAUUCAGCGCCGCAAGGGAAAACUUAAAAUUUUCGUAUCUUUAUCAAUGAAGUCCACCAAAAAAGUUGAAGAAUACGUUAAAAACUUGUGCUGUAAGAUUUAAACCCUCUCUUUUUCUUCCUCAAUAUUUUGAUGGCCCCUUUAACUUUCUUCACUCGGUUACCCAGGAGAUGCAAUAUCUUUGACCAGGUUGAAAUUUGACGGGCCCACGCUGAGGACGUAAAUGUCCCGUAAGAAAAUGUCGUUUUUGAAUUUCAAUUUCUGAUGUUCGCCCACUUUUGCGAUCUCCAACCCACUCUUUUUUCAAACUUUCGUCAAACGUCUCACAAACAUUUUAAUUCGUGGCAACGAAACGCGACCUUCUUGCUGUUAAUAAUCUCACAGUGUGUUUUGUCGACGUUUCUUCGAUGAAAGUGUAUGAAAGUUUUUUAGAGCGCAGCCAUUUGACCUUUGGCACCCACAAGCGGGAUCCUUUUAGUUGUCAACACUCCAAGUAAAGAAGCCUGCCUUCUUUUUUGUAGUUUUACGAUCGAUGUAUUUCAAUUUUCUCUUGUGACAAGAUGAAAAGGGAAAUUUGCUUCAAUGAAAACAUAUUUCAGCCGAUAUACAAAAAAAUUACUAUAGCUAACACUGGCUUUAUUUAGAAAAUCGGGAGUUUCUUUCCAAAUAUCGUCUUGGAUGAAUUUUCGAAGUAAUUUCGAUGUACGCUACGAUAGAUACUCAGUUUUUUCGCUUAGACUUCCUGUGAAGAUGCUGUGCGUUAUUUAGACUGCCAUGGAACACGGAAAAAAUGUGAUAUUCAUGUUAAGAAGGAAAAUAUUUAUGAAGAAAUAAAUAUCAACCACACUUCAACCCGACACAAGUUCUAGAAAAAAAAAAACUUUUAUGGUUUCUAUGGCUUACAAAUAGACCAAAACCUGAAGUUAUUUAUCUACCUUUGCACCUUGUCAUUUUUUAGAUAUCCAACGUUUAUUUUGAAAAAGAAGCUUCUCAUUAAAUGAAAAGUCUUCCUUAGUGACGAUAAUAAUAAAUACAGCUUUUCCUCACUGCGACUCAGCUGUUUUCUAUCAAUGGCGAAAACUACAAUGUGGCGUAAGCUAUUUUUGUACCAAACUUUUGUCUGUUAAUUAAGACUUCCUUAGUAAACUUGUGGCGUUCAGUUUUUUUUAGAGGUUCUCACCCGCUGUUCCUGUUACAGAGUGAAGCAAACUCUGAACAGAAAGAAAUUGUUUAAGAUCUUGAAAAUCAGUUGAAAACGGAAGUUGGUGACUAAAUGUUUUUUUCUGUGCCUCCUCUGAAUAAAACAGAAAAUGAAUUGCACCUCUUUAACUUUCAAUGUGACAAUCAUAAAGCAAACACAAUUUUCCUGUAAAAUAACGGGCAGAUAUCACAACAAUGCUAUUAAUAUACUUUCCAAGUUCCUUUCAUUUUAAGGAUUUCCGCAGAUUAUGCAUCACGGUACAGAAUUAUCAAAUGUGAAAAAUCAAUGUUUUAGAAAACAUCGAAUAUGAAAAAUACCGUUAUGUUACCAUAAUAUCUUGGUGAAUUGCAUUACUUUUUUAAUGGUAAACAAAUUUUAUAAGAGCAAAGACAUGGUUUUGUGCAUCAUUAAAAGUUUAGUGUGAUUUUUCAAAGAUCUUAUUUAACAGUUCGGGUAAAUCUUCCUAAUCUUUUCUUUUUUUUAUCAUUCUUGUCUGCCUGCCCAUUCUUUUGUUUUACAAUGUUUUUUUCAUAACUCAUGGCAAAUGAGAGUUGGCCUGGAAGCUGGGUAACAGUCACCGAGCGGGAACGCACGCGAGUAACACGCGAGUGUCCUCUGGCUCGCGUGCGCCGGUUUGAAUCACCCGCUAACUACGCGGGCAAUUUUUUUCAAAUUGCGACAGGUUCUCAGCUAGACACAACCAACAUUUAAUUUACCUGUUUUUCUUUUUUUAGCUCUACCAAUCACGUAUUUUGCGUGGCUCUUCCUGCAUGUGGAAUCGUUUUACUAACAAGUACAGACAUCCUUCAAAACCCUUUCUUCACAUUCGGAGGAUGUUUUCUUCUCGUGUUUUCCAUCGCUCUGGGUCAUUACGUGUUCAAAGCAGCGGAAGUCCUCACGUUCCGAAGCGAAAUCUUCCAUUACAAACCGCUCCUAGUCCACCAUGUUGUUGCUAUGGCAACAUACGCUGUGAUUUUGAUAUUCGAGGAAAACACUCUCAUGGGAGUGGUAAUGCUAUGUGUUGAGGGGAGCCUGAUAUUUGCUGAGAGAGAAAAGGAACGCUUUCGUCAGGAGGUCAGUUUUGAACAGGAAUCGACAUCACGAAAGUGUGUGACGGCCCUAGUUUUUGUACUAGCUAUUAUCAUCAAAGGAAUUAUCCCAGUCUCUAUCAUCAUCAUUGCGUUCUUAAUGGCGCUAAACGAGCUUCUGCGCAUGUCAUACAUCCCGCUGGCUUUCUUCUUUCUAAGCCUGGUCUUCUUCGCCUCUGUGAACCUGUGGUUCUUCCGAGACGCGUUCAACGAAGUUUCGCGCCAAUUUACCAGGCACCCUCGCUUUCCCGUGAUCAUUAUACCAAUACACAACAACCAGAAACCCUCACCACCGACCACUGCUAUUAACAACGAAGGGCUCAAGCAACUACUACUAUCCAAGGAGGGCCUGGGGAGCUGCGUUAAUGUGAGAGAAAAUUCUCUCUGGGGAAAGGACGAGUUGAACUCAAGCCAAGAUGCACCAGCGAUCCUUCCAAUGGAGUCUUCAACACCAGAGGAGAUGAAAGGACAAUUCGUUUUAGAAAUUGGAAGUAAAGGAACUUAUUAAGUUCCAGCUGAUGUCAAUCUCUUCAUCAGAACGUUACAUUGCUUGUAAAAAUAUCAUCCCUUGAAUUUCCCGUUUCAGUGUUUAACGGAAGAAAAUUCGAAAUUUGGUUUUAUUGUUUUGCGUUAUAAAAUUAGAUAUUGAACAUUUUAAGAAAAUUUAUAGUUUUUUUGUUGUAUAGAAAAGUUCUUAAAUAGAAGACAAAGGACAGACAAAGUUUUUCUGUUUAAUUCAUUAUUUGCAUUGUUGACCACAAAACCAAAGCUAGUUAUGGAAUGGAUCAUGUUACUACUGAGGGUGGGAAGGGUAGAGGCCAACUAGAAAACAUUCUCCAUAAAAGUACUUGAAAAAAAAAAACUUGAGCUAGGUGAGAGAAAUUAUUGAUCUAAGCACGAAAGAAAAUUCUUGCUGAAGACUUUGAACAAUAUAUUCGAGCGCAAAAAAAGUGCUUUUUCCUCAAUGAGACUUAAAUAUCAAUCAUUUUCUCAAAAUUCAAACGUUUUUUGAGUUUGAUAAGCCGCGAACAUAAAAGUGGCUUUGGACAUUAUUGUUAUUAUCAUUAUGAAGUUAUAAAAUGAUAUUAAUUUAUUUAGUGACAAAUUUCUGUGACAAGAACACUAUGUAGAAAUAUCUGUGCCAAAAAAUUCCACGAAUUGAUAUCGUUUUUACACGAUUUAAUUUCAGGCGACAAAAUGCAUGUCAUUUCUUUGUAAAUAUAACUUGUUUAAACUAAACUGUUAACAAAAUAACAAACAUCAAGUUUUUAUUUAUUGAAGUACUCAAAGAUGUAGAGAUACUCACC